AUGAAUAAUUCAGGACAAUUCAAGGAAAGCCUGGCAGUCACCAUUGUUGAAACAAUCCUCAUCGGCACGGUGUCCUUCUUUGGCUUCAUGUGCAACUUUCUUUCAUUUCUGAUUCUGAUUCGACACAGAGCUUUCAAGAACUCCUUUGGUUAUCUGUCUGCAUAUGAAAUCCAUGGAAUGAAUCUUUUCGUUGGACAGACGUCUUUAUUUUUUGUAGAAACUGCAUUUCACUGCAGCUUUCUGAUCACUGUUAACAGAUUCAUCGCGGUGAUUUUUCCUGCGUUCUACAGGAGCAUGUUUAGCGAACGGGUCACUCCAAUACUAUUGCUGAUAAUUUCAUUCAUCUGUUUACUGUACUUCGGUAUUUACUUCAUAGAUGGUUGCAGCUUUUACUAUGAUCACCAGUACAGCAUCUGGACGUUUGGUGAGGAACCGUGCAGUCAGAUGAUGUCCUUUUACGUCGAUAUGUGCUACAACGUCUCAAUCUUUGUGCUCACAUGUGGCAUUGAUAUGGUGGUGUUGCUGCACUUGAGAUCAGCAACCAAAAGAAUGAUAUCACUCACAGGAAUCGAAGCUGAGGCACAAAAUAAGCGGCGACUGAGAAAAGAAGCUCAUCUAUUUGCUCAGUCGUUCCUGAGCUCCUGUAUGUAUGCGUUUAUGCUGUUGUGUUUCCACCUGAUUACUCGAGUGAUGCCUAAUGGAUUCGGCCUGUUCAUGUGUACCACGUUUGUAUGGGCACUUUCUCACACCGCUGGAGGGUUAGCUGUUAUAUAUUUCAAUCCACAGAUUCGACGGACAUCUUGUGGCUAG